AUGUUCAAGCUUCCAAAAGACGUAGUAUCCGACUCGGAAGAAGGGCUUAAACCAGAGAAUCCUAUUGUACUGGAGGGAGUUACGAUGGCCGAUUUCGAGGCAUUGCUACAGGUUCUCUAUGCCAGCCACUAUGCAAAAGACCGACCAGAGCCAAAACCUACGCUAAUCAUUCCUGCCUUUCGUCUUGCUAACAUGUGGCGUUUCGCAGAGCUUUGUGCUCAUCUUAUGCCAAUAGCGGAAACCAUGUUUAGCGAAGUUGACAAGAUCGUGUUUGCCAGAGAGUUUCAGCUGGAGGAAUGGAUUAUUCCAGCUCACAUUAAACUUUGCCAGCGUGACAGCCCGCUCAACAGCGAGGAAGCUACCAAAAUUGGCUUGAGUAGUGUCCUUUUUAUCAGUCGUAUCCGGGAGGAGAGACUCAAACUUUCCGGCCAGAUAAUGGCAGAUAAUAUAAUUCGGGAUAGGGCGGAAGACUGGAUAAAAGGGGGGUGUACGUUUACCGUGUAG